GGUGCUUGGUUGUGCAGCCGCCAUAUUCUUUGACAGUAUUUUGAUUCGUAUCUGUUGGAAGUGAAGAAAAGAGAAAAUAAGGGGGAGUAGAGGAGGUAAAGAAGAGCUGUCAAAAUAAUUCCAGUGUCUCUGAAACAGUGGGGGCUAUUGUAACCCCGCACUCGAGUGACAACAGAGAAGGCCUUGGUGCCUUGGAAACUCCGUCUACGAAGUCCACCUCUCGGCUUUUCUUUCAGCACCACGGCCCUGUGGAGAUUCGGUGGCUGUGUCUCGGGUGUUGAAGGUGGCCCGGGGAGCGGCGGCGGAGACGUGCCUGUUGCCUCAGAAAAUGGGAGAAGCGUGAACCACAUCCUACUGUGAGACCGUGCUCACUGUCCCCCUCGCCUCUGGUUGACUUUGAAGAUGCUCAAGCUGUGGCUGAGGUUCUGCUACCACUGAGGGAUCGUCGGUGUGCUGAACGGAGCAGGCAAAACGGUCCCGACCCGGCAGUACACGAAUGGCCCAGGGAAGCCACCAGAUAGACAUUCAGGUUUUGCACGACCUGCGCCAGAAGUUCCCAGAAGUCCCGGAGGGUGUCGUGUCCCAGUGUGUUCUGCAGAACAACAACAACUUGGAUGCCUGUUGCGAGUACCUGUCCCAGGUGAGCCCGGGUUACCUGUACUUCGAAGGAGGAGCCCUAAACCACGCCGACGACCCCAGCUUCACCCGGCUCCGGAAUCACAUGACCCAGCUCAACCUGGGCCUGCAGUCUCAGAAUGUGCACGUGGCCCCGGGGCGGGACAGCCUGAGGAUGAACGGCAGCCGGACCCUGUCCCACAGCCUCAGCGACGGGCCCCUCCAGGCCGGACAGGCCCCCAACAGUGACUUCUUCCAGCCGGAGCCCCAGUCGGCCCCGCCGCAGGUGCCCGCCGGCCUCAAUGUGUUCGGCGUGAUGGAGCCGGCGCCGCGCAAACCCCAGCCCCCGCAGCACCUGGGACUCUACCAGCGGGGCGGCAAAGGACAGUCCAGCGGGCAGCCGACGCCCCGCUUCAACCCCAUCACCGUGACGCUCGCCCCCAACAUUCAGCCCGGCCGCAGCACCCCGACUUCUUUGCACAUACAUGGCGGGCCCCACGCGACCUCCGGCCUGAGCAGCCCCCAGUCCAUCUACAUCCGACCCUACGUGACCCAGCCUGGCGGUACGACCCGGCAGCAGCAUCCGGGCAGGGCCCAGUAUAGCCCCACCUCCCAGCAGCAGGUCUACCAGAUCUCCCAUCCCACCUCGCUGCCCGGCUCCUCGCAUACCUCACAGCACCAGUCCCCGGGCCACCGGACCUCCCACGUCUACAUGCCCAUCAGCUCCCCCACCAACCCGCAGGCCCCUUCCUCCAUCCUGCAGCCUCCCCCCGGGGGCCAGGGCCCGUCCGGCGCGCCCUCGUUCAGCCAGUACAACAUACAGAACAUCUCGACCGGGCCGCGCAAGAACCAGAUAGAGAUCAAACUUGAAUCUCCUCAGAGGAGCACCUCCUCCACCGCCACGGCCGUCCUGCGUCCCGGCAGCAGCUCCCGCCCCAACUCCUCUUCCUCCUCUUCCUCCUGCCCCUCUUCCUCUGUGGUGACGGCCCCUGGGCCGACCAGCACCCCCCUGUCCAUCGGCGGCGCCGGCCUGAGCCGCAGCCAGCCCACUGUUUACAUCUCCUCCAGCCCGCCCAGCGCCGCCACGCCCUCCGACGAGGUCAGCGCCGCCCCCUCCGGCUCGCGCUCUCAGCCCAAAUUCUACAUCACUGCCAACAACAACGAGGACGGAGGGGGCCGAAACACCCCGACCGUCUACAUCUCGGCUCAGCCCCCCCCGCACGGGUCCCAGGGGUCUCGGAAUAUCGGGGGCCAGGUGAGCAUGGGCCCCGCUUACAUCCACCACCACCCGCCCAAGUCUCGCGGUUCCGUGGGAGGGGCCGGCACGGCCACCUCCCCCCGCGUGGUGGUCACCCAGCCCAACACCAAGUACACUUUUAAAAUCACGGUGUCCCCCAACAAGCCCCCGGCCGUUUCCCCCGGGGUCGUGUCACCCACCUUCGAGGCCACCAACCUCCUCAGCCUGCCCCCGGACCACCAUUUUGUGGAGCCGGACCCCCAUCAUCUUUCCGACCCGCUGUCGGCGCACCGGGAAAGGCCCAGCGAGUCACGGAGACUGAGCGUGGGCUCAGAUGACGCCGCUUACACCCAAGCCCUGCUGGUUCACCAGAAGGCCCGCAUGGAUCGGCUGUGGCACGAGCUGGAGCUGAAGAAGAAGAAGCUGGAGAAACUAAAAGAGGAGGUGAACGUGAUGGAGAACGACCUGACCCGGAGGCGGCUAGAGCGAUCAAACUCCCAGUCCCAAAUCCCCUCGAUUGAGGAAAUGCAGCAGUUGCGAUGCAUAAACAGGAGACUGCAGAUCGACAUUGACUGCUUAACCAAAGAAAUCGAUCUCCUUCAAACACGAGGACCACACUUUAAUCCCAGUGCCAUUCAUAACUUCUAUGACAACAUUGGAUUCCUAGGUCCUGUCCCACCCAAACCCAAAGGUACUUUAUCUGUUGAGUUGAGGAGUAAGAGCCCAAAGACGGUAGCAGAUCAGGAGGAAGACGAGGGGGUGCAGUGGAGUUGCACGGCUUGCACCUUCCUCAACCACCCUGCCCUCAACCGCUGUGAACAGUGCGAGUUCCCACGACACUUCUGAGCCACGAGCUCACCGACAAUAGCCACAUCCACCCUGCUUACCAGUGCCGAUUGAGGAGAAGUAGAUUAGAGGGUUUUUUUUCCUUUCCUUUUGUAGUUGUCAGAAAACGGGCAGGGUUUUGUAGUUUCUUUUUAUUUAGAGCUUUUUUUUUUUUUUUUUUUUCUCAAGAUAUGUAGAAUGCUGUCCACUGAAAGCUUGACUGGAUAGUGUUUACAGGUUGUGUUACUUUACUAAGCCAGCAAAGUUGGAUAUUUACCUCAUCUUGGAGUCUCUGCAUGCAUGGGGUCAACCCGCUCACUUCCUGUUCGACGCUUGACAGGCGACUUUACCCCUGGGGAGGCCUUGCUGCUUCCAUUUACAGUAUUAUCGGUGUUGUCCUGCAGUGACACACAAACACACACACACACACACAAACAAACCAACCAACGUGGAUGCCAACAUGCCUUUUUGCAUUUUGUUUUUUCUUCUGUGAUGGCUGACUCAGGAAUGGGAACUUUGGUCAGCCGUCACGUGACACCUGAAGGGAAAACUAACAGACUACUUUUGGACACUGUUUUUCAGUUGCUGUUUCUAUAGGAUGACAAGGGGAAACUAGCAGUGUUUUUACUGCCGCCAGAGCUUGCCUUUUGUCCUCCCCUGUUGUUUUUUAGAGUCUCUUCGAUCUACAGGAGAAAAAAAACGGAAACUAAAUUGCAUGCUUUGUGUACAGUACAUGGAGGGAGAAAUGUGCCCUCGUGGUUUUAACUGUACAUAAUUUUAGAAUGUGCCUUAAAUGCCUUCUUCCUUACACUAUGAAUCACUUGUAUUUCCUGUAAGUAUAGCUUUAUAGACUUUAUUAAUUUUGUGUUGUCUUGUUUUGUUUCCAUUUACUUUCGAACCAAUAAGCACGGUUUCCCUUUUUAAGCUUUUUACUUGAUUUCUGUGAGAACUGAAGAGUUGCAGGAGAGGGAGUUGUAUGAGAACUAUUCCAUCAUGAAGCUUUGUCUGUUCAUCGCUUGUGUAAAUGCUGAAUUUCCUGUGUACGAUCUGCAGAUGCAACAAAGUCAAAAGGUGGAGUUAUUUUUAGGAUGCCAGAGCUCUUGGACUGGUGAGAGGAAAGCUCUAAACGCAGUACGACGAACUGCCAUCUUAUCUGACAACUGGAAUGUAGGUUUAAUAUUUGGGGACUUUCACACCUCAGUGCCAUGAGACGCAUGGAUUUUACAGUUCAUCGUAAAACUUGUCAAAACAACUUUGAUGGAGAAAGACAAACUUUGGGAAUGAUGCCCAUGUACAGCUAGGUGGAAGACUGCGGUUUCGUGUAGGGGUUUCAGAAUUUUAGUAUUUUGCAAUGCAUAAUAAAUUGGGUUUUCUGGAAUGUUUCAAAGAUCAGGGUGAAUGUUUUAAAGUAUUCCUAUUUCAAAGCAGCAAGUAUUUAUACACAGUCACCUCCAAUAUGACUGGCACCUUUGGUAAAGAUAAUCAAAAAGGCUAUGGACAAAACCCAAAUAGUAAGUUAUAUUGUAUGCAAAAAGAUUUGGGGCCAUUUUAUUAUUUUUGGCCAACGACAAGUACAUAGAGUCAGAUGGGGGGAACCACUGGCAGUGAUCUUACAGAUUAAUCCAUACCUUUGAUGUCCCUCAUCAGUGCUUAUGGAGGUGUUGGAAUAUAGAAAAGGUUUGCCAAUAAAUUUGCCCCCUAAUGUUUUUGUUGUUUAUCUAAGAAAUAGUUUUAGAUUAAAAUAAAUAUUUUCCUGUGUUUCGAGCAUACACUAGCUUAGUAUUUUAUACGGCCUCUUUUAUUCAUGUUUUCCAUAGGUGCCAUAGGUGAUUUUGAAGGUGGCCAUGUUCCUUAGAUUUCCCCAGUCCAGAAAUGAACUUCUCUAAAGAAAAGAAAAUAAGGACAGUUCCAUGGUUAUAUUUCUAAAAGUGAGACAGGGUGACUGUCCUCUAUCUAUAAUCUUUUUAUUUGGUUUAAUUUUGUCCUGUGAAGCUUUUAUUUGAUGAGGAUGAUUUAAAAGAUUACCAUGGUACUCAUUUUGCCUUAGUUGUGAAUUGUUUAUUUACGUGCUGUGAUCUGCUGCCUUACAUCAUGGCCUUAGAAUGGCAGUUGCAUUGACAAUCUAUGCAGUCAUGUCAUAAAAGCACAUUAUUGUCAAAAAGCCAAAUUCUUAGUUGUCUCUUAAGCACUUAUGUCAAGUCUGUAAAAACCCCAAAGAAACCAAGUUUUCAGCUUUAUCUGCAGCUCUGUGUGAAGUCGGUUCAUACAUGUUUUAUUAAUUAAAAAUAACUAAUUUGGAUAUCUAAAGUGUUUGAUUUUAGCUGGGAAAACUGUCUUUGUAACAGAUAAGUUAUUUGUAAAAAAUAAAAAAAAUCUAUUCUGAAAUU